UGUUGAUGAGUGGUCCGUAUGCUUUACGAACUACGAAGCCUCUGUAAGCUGUAAAUUUAAAAAUGUUCAGGAUUUCCAUAAGAAUAAGUUGAGAAGAAGUGAUUAUAUGGACAGCGAUGGCGGAAUAAAAGGAUCGCGAAUUAAAAAGUAAGGACAUAAAAGGGAUAAAUAAGACAAUUGCUGGAACAGAAUAUUAUAAAAAUAGGUUCACCGCCAGAAAUGCUGCUCUAACAUGACAAUGAAGACGAAUAACUUUCGUAAUAGUAUCCCAACAGGAUGUGAAGAAAUAAUCAGUUUUUGAUCUUGUAGCCGCCGACGCUGAUGGAGUUUGAUUGGAGGCUGCCGUAAGGUUCCCAGUUUUGGGCGUCUGGCAGCGCAGUGAUCUUGGAUCCUCGCAUGGUGUGCAAGAAGAACCGACGGACACGCGGGCGGCUCGCGCAGAUCUGCAAGAACGAAACUGGUCUACUAAAGGAGAUCAGUCGAGGAGUCACGCUGGGAGCAACCGAGUGCGCACACCAGUUCAGAAACCGCCGCUGGAACUGUACCACGCAAAGGCGGAGCAUGAGGAAGAUACUUAUGAGGGACACAAGGGAAACAGGGUUUGUGAACGCCAUCACCGCAGCCGGGGUCACAUACGCCAUAACAAGGGCGUGUACAGCGGGCUCGCUCCUGGAGUGCUCAUGUGAAAAGGGUGUACCAAAGCCGCGUCGCGGCAGAACGCAAGUGCCCCAACCGCCAUCUCCUACGCAGACAGACCAAUGGCAAUGGGGUGGCUGCAGUGACAACGUCCGUUUUGGUCUACAGAAGUCGAGGGAGUUCAUGGACAGUAGAUACAGGAAGAGGAGCGAUAUCAAAACACUGAUAAAACUGCAUAAUCACAACGCUGGGAGGUUGGCAAUCAAAAAUAAUAUGAAAGUGGAAUGUAAAUGUCACGGCCUAUCAGGAUCAUGUACACUCCGGACCUGCUGGUGGAGAAUGCCCACUUUUAGAGAAGUAGGAGAUCGUUUGAGGGACAAAUUUGAAGGUGCAGCUAAGGUAAUCUCAAGCAACGAUGGGGACAGUUUUAUGCCUGAGAGUCCUAGCAUUAAACGACCAGGGAAAAAAGAUAUUAUUUACUCGGAAGAAUCACCCGACUUCUGCAAUUCUAACAUGAAGACAGGGUCUCUUGGCACUGAAGGACGCCAGUGUAAUAUUAGUUCCGCGGGAACUGACAGUUGCGAUCAACUUUGCUGUAGAAGAGGUUACGUUCAAACUUCUAUUAAGGAAGCCGAAAAUUGCAACUGCCAGUUUAAGUGGUGUUGUGAAGUAAUAUGUAAAACAUGCUAUGUAAAGCGAGACAUACAAACGUGCCUUUAAUGUGAUAGACAAUAAUAAUGUGGUUACAAUUUAAUUAAACUAUUUUUGUAAACAG